GCCAGUUUGCUCCCGAUGCGAAUGUAAUGGGAUACCCCCUGAGUGAUUUUAUUGGAUUGAGUAAGUGGUCAGAUCAACCAUUUGUUGGAUGUGACGAAGAAAUUCGUCGUGAUAAUUUGUACGAUGAAUGCAAAUCUCUCCCAAUAACAUCAUCAUAUGCAAGUAAUUAUGCUCAAUCCUUUACGGGGAAAAGUGAGGCAUUGCACGAUGAUGGGGAUGAGGGGCGUGUUACGUUAAUUAAUCACUCGAAAGAUUCCCAUUUUACCGUUGUCCGGAAAUCAAAUCAUGCCAGUGGUGGUGGCUACGGGCAAAAGUUUAAAGGAUUUAUGACGGGAAAUGCAGCAGCAGCAGCAGCAGCAGCAGCGGCAGCAGCUUCAAAUGAUUCGGAGAAUCUUCUCACAUCCGAUCGUACACACUUCCGGCCGAUUAAGCAAACUUUUGUUGAUGGAUUCAUCUUUGAUAUACCCUGUACACCGGAUAAUAUUCGCUACGAACGCACGGAUACGGGGUCAAUGUAUUUUGAUUCGGAGCGGUAUAUGGAGUAUUUGGGACGUGAGGAGCAUGCCGAGGAGGUGGAUGAUGUUGAUGGUGGGUGUGGCGGGAAGGGUAUUGGGGGGAAUUUUCGCCUUAAAUUCUGCGUGAGACAAAUUGAGAAGUACAGCCAGACGGAGGAUCGUUUGCUCUUCCUCAGUGGGAGGAUGUUUACGGAACCCGAAGCUGGGAGAUGCCGCCGUGAUGGGGAUGAUGAUGAUGAUUCCGAUGUGGACAUGACACCGGAUAUCUUUACGCGUCCCCCCUAUCCAUUUGCCGCGUAUGAUGAUCAAGGGAGUGUUGAUUGUGAUGAUUUGGAUCUCUUCCGGCAGUCAACGUACAACAAUUUGCAUCACUACCAAUCAAUGUCCGGGAAUUGCUUCGGAGGUGGCGGAGGCGCUGGGGAAUGCUUGGAUCUCGAUAAUUGGACAAUGGCAGAGAUGAAGAAGAAUUGUGUGGAGAAUAACAAUAGUCACACACUCUGGGGGCAUUGUACAGCGUGCAAUAGUAGCACAAUGUCCCUACCGGCUAAUCGUCUUCUUCGGGAUGAAUUGUAUGCUGAUGGGGAGGAGAUUCUGUCGGAUUUGCGCUAUAUGCAGAAUUUGUAUAUUGGUGAGGGGGAUGAGGAGAGUGAAUGGGAGGAGAAUGAUGAUGAUGAUGAUGCGUGUGGCAAUGGGGGCUGCUUCCCUGAAGAUCCAGAUGUGGCAAAUAAGAGACUCGAUGCGGCAAAGGAGAUGUACUACUACAAUGUGAAUAAACUCAUUUCGGAUCUUUUGCGUCCGGAAACGGUGAAACAACUCACGCAGGUAUUGGGUGAACAAAAUCAAAAGACCAUCAUGGAGGGGAUAAUGAGUGAGAGGGCAGAUGGUGGUGCGGAGGCGCCACAACCGAGGGCAAUUCAAUGGAAAAAUUAUCUCCCAUGGAUGACAACAAAUCCCGCAGCUCCGGAUACAACGUGGAGUGAGUGGAAGGAGAGUCAGGGGGGGAUGAUGGAUCGUGAUGAGAUUUCCUACAAUAUCUCCGAUGAUCAUUUAAGGUGUCUCAUGCGGGAUAAUAAUCAGGGUGGGGGUGGCGAUGGGGAGGCCGUAAAACCCCGCCCUGAUCGGAAACGUCGUCAUUCGGCAUCACAGAAUGUCCCUGAAGACAUCUCAAUGGGAUUUCGGAGUAAAUUCCAUGGGAAUGCCAUGCUGAAGGAAGCAUGGGAUGCCUAUGAGCCACAUCCAGCUGAGGGGGCGGCUUUCACGGAGCCCACGCAGCCAUUGCCCGCUGGGAAAUUUGCCCUCAAUUCCUCGUCAAUCUUUAGUCGUGUCACGAUGGUUUCGCGUCCCCUAACACGCUAAUUGCGUGCUGAAUCCUACCCGGAAGAAAAAAAUGAGAAUUAAAGAAAAAAAAAUCCUUUCCCAUCUCCCAAAUGAAAAUUCCCCACAAAAAAAUAAAAAAUCCUCCCAAAAACAAACAAACAAACUGUUGCCAAACCCGGAAAUGAAUUGCAAAUUAAUCAAUGGAACGACACACAACACACACACACAGGAAAAGAAAGAAAAAGGAGAGAAGUUGUUUAAUCCCGCGAAAAAAUUGUGGAAUGGUUUUUUUUUCAAUGUUAAAAUCAUGUUGUUUGUGUUGAACAUUUAUUUGUUUAUGCUGCUACACGUGAAAACUAUGCUAAAAGGAAAAAAAAAAGAAGUAGCACGCAUUCGAGGUGAAUUUGCGCGAAAAUGUAAUUAAAUGGGAAGAAUUUAUUAAUUUCAAAAGAACAAUUUAAUAUUAUAUUUUAUCAACAAAAAAAAACAUUUAAUGAAGAAUUUUUUGAACUGAUGUAAAAACAAAGAAAAACAAAUCUUAAUUUUGAGACAAAAUUUUAGUUUAAAAAAAAAGCAAAAUUGUGUUGAAGAUAAAACAAAGAAGCAAAAAAAAAAGAGAAAACAAUCCCCCAAAAUGAUGAAUUAUAACUAUUUUAUUACAUUUUCAAUUUAUUAUUAUUAUUAUUGUAAUACUAAAUGGAUGAAACUUUUAGUUCAAUUUUCAUAAAAUGCAAGAAAGAGAUGAAUUCAGAGAAAGAAAAAACAUGAAAUAUAUAAACUAAAUAGUUAAUAUAGAACAAAGAAAAAAAAGCAACCAAAACAAUUUGAAUUUCUACUCUUUGAAUGUUUUUUUUUUUUAAAUAAAAUGUGGAAAGUGUCAUGAGCAAAAUUUAGGAAAAAUUUCAAUUCGAUGUACUUACGACGAAGAGAUAAAACGAACAUUUUAUUCGUUUUUUUUUUUUAAUUAUUUAACAACCAAGGGACGAGAAGAUGAGGAAAAAAGCAACAAAAAGGGUAAAAAUUCAAAUUGAAAUUUAAUUAAAAAUAUAAAGAGAAAAAAACAGAAAAUCGUAAUAAAAAAAAGUUUAAAAAAAACUCAUAAAUAGUUAACAAUUAGUUUUCUUUUUCCUCACACAAAAUACACAAAAAUACAUACCAAAUUUUUUUUUCAGACUAUCGCAAUUUUUUUUGUUUGUCAUGUUAAUGAAUUGAUAAAAAAAAACAACAAAGAAAUGGAAACAAAAUGCGAAAUAUUCUUGUUCUUCGUGUAAGUUUUAGAUAAAAGAAGUAUGAAGACAAGAAAGGUUAAAUGUAAAAAAAAAGAAGCAAAAUCAUAUGAAAAAUGUACACAAACACAAUUUUUUCGAUUUCUUCUCAGAGUAUAAAAACUUUUUUUUAUUGUUUGUUUUGUUCCUCCCACAUAAAAAAAUGUUUUGUAACCCUUUAUGUGAUGAGGAAUACAAUGUAAGUUAUACUCUGAGGAAAUUCUCGAAAGAAAACACGCAAAACACAUUAAUAAUUAAAUUAAUGGGAGUGAAGGAGAAAAUGAAAAGAAUAAAAUUAUUAAUUAGAGUAUUUAGGAAUGAUGAGAGGGGGUGAAUGGAUGGAGAAAUUCAUGGAUAAUCCGAGGAGUUUUCCAAUGAAUUUCUAAUGGAGAAAAUCAUUGCUAUUCUGCGGGUUUCUCGGGAGGGAAAUGUGGAGAAAUAAUGGAUAAUCCGAGGAGUUUUCCAAUGAAAUUUCAGUGGAAUUAUUCUUAGGCAUUUCAUUGAUUUCUUUACUAAAAUGGAGAAGUAAUGGAUAAUUCGAGGAUUUCUCCUAUGAAUUUUCUAAUGGAGAAAUAUCUAAAAAUUCCAUGAGUUUCUCAGUAAAAUAGACAUGGAGAAAAGCAUGGAAAUUCCAAGGAUUUUUUCAAUGAACUUCCAAUGGAGAAAUUGAUUGAGUUUCCCCGGAAGAAAAAUUGGAAAAUACGUGAAAAAACUGAGAAUUUCUUUAAUGGGAUUUGAAAGGAAAAAAUUAAUUAAAUGUUUGAAUAAACGUGUCCUUUCAGCCACUGAAGAAGGCCCGCUAUUAGGGCCGAAAGCUUUGGCUUUAAUUGCUGCUUUUCCUUGGGUGAGUGGGAAUUUCCUCUUGCGAACACCGGAAGCAUUGAAAAACAAAAGGAAAAAUUAAUUAAUAUUCCAUGGAGAAAUAGAGAACUAGUGGAGAAUUCGAAGAUUUCUCCAGGGGAUUUGGAAUGGAAAAAUCCUCUCAGAUUUCAUGAAUUUUUCCAUAAAAGAAAAUGUUGGAAUACAUGGAAAAUUCAAUGAUUUUUCCAUGAAAUACAGAUUGGAAGUAAAUACAGAGAUUCACUGAAUUUCUCUAAAAUGAAAAAAAACCGGAGAAAUAUUGGAAAAUCUCUAGGUUUUUCCAAGGAACUUCCAGUGGAAAAAUCUUCAGAUAUUCCAUGAGUGUUUUUCCAAGAAAAAAAAAUGUAUUUUUGAAGAUGGAACAAGAAAAAUAGAUUAGUAAAAAAAUCCAUUUAAUAUCCCUUUUAUCUUAUUAGGAAAAAAAGAAAUAAAA